CGGUCUCGCCGCUUUUCGCUCUCUCUAGCGACGGGGGUGUACAUGUAUGUCCUCGAUGAUGCAUUGCAACAGUCCCGCCACUCGUGGUCGAUCGUCCAAGCUCCUUUUGCCGCGCUCUUACUUUUUUUCCUCUAUUUUUAUUUUCACGUACAAUGUAUACAGAUUGGGUUCAAAUGUCUCGUUCUAUUUUCGUGCUAGAUAUUUACUCAAUUAAAAAUAGAUGAGCUUUGACUGUUUAAAAAUGGCUCGGCUCAGGUUAAUUAGAGAUAGUGGCUUAUUUCGUAUAAAAUGCUGGCGCAGUUUAUUUUCCCCACGCCUGAAGUGCCGUUAGAGCGGGUGGAGGAAAAAUUGAAUGUUUUAUUGUGAAAAAUGACACGUGCGUGGGUUAGGUUUCCUGUUAUUAUGGUGUAGUUACAAUCUGAAUGUGUCUAUUUACCAACACGAAGCUGAGCAGCAGGUCCGAACGAAGCAGCGAGUGUGCCUAUAAAUGCUAUUGUUUUUGGAGAGAUGACACGCGUCGUGAGGCGGUUAUGGUCGUAAUUUUGAAGUCGAAAUUACAGUUGAAAAAGUACUUUGAAUAAUAACAUUCGAAAAGGUGGCAAUGAGGCUCGCUGUUGUGAGAAAUUGUACAAUGAAUAAAAACGAUGAAUAUAAAUGUGAAGAAGAAUAAAAAAAACAUGAUAAUCGCGAGUGGAGCAGGAUGACUGUAUCACAAUGGCCGAGAAUUGCUGUCGCUCGUGCACACCAUUAAAUACAAAAAGUGAGACUGAGAAAAGACGAGUUGAUGUUUUUUGUCAAUUAAUUUAUCUUCUCAACUGAAAAAAAUAACGAAUAAUUAUGAAGAUUAUAAGACAAAUAUGCGAUUCUAUGAGAUCGCUCGGCAUGAGAUUCGCCAGCAGGUCGCGUGGCGAUCCCGCCUCUAUGACCUUGAGAAUAAAUGUCAUUCGAUGCUACGUCGAGCGUGAAAUAAUGCUCUCAAGAUCAUCAUCGUCUAGUCGUUCCGAGCCGAUAACACCCUAUUUCACAAAGUUGGCGUUAAUUAUACGACCCCGGGAUAGGGCAAUAUGUGAGAACCCUUUCCCUACGAGAACGGAUGAACGAACGACCUUGUUGGGCGUUAUCGCCGAGCUCGUGAUGCUCGCUACAAGGAUUACUCUCGUAUUAUUCGUGAGCAGUAGCGUGUUUGCCUUUUAUCUGAUGACCCGAAUGAUUUAUUCGAAAGCCUUCCCUGCUUUUCUUCUCAGGGCCAUCGAAUUUCUCGGCCCAACUUUCAUCAAAUUGGGCCAAUGGGCCUCGACUCGUCGAGAUAUUUUUCCCGAAGAAAUAUGCACAACGCUGACGCGACUCCAGCGCCACACCUCGGCCCACUCUUGGCUCUACACGAAAUAUUUACUCGAAAAAACUUACGGCCCGGAAUGGAAAAAUUUAUUUAUCAAAUUCGAUCGAUCCGAACCAAUCGGUUCUGGAUGUUGUGCUCAGGUGUACAAAGCGUGGAUCGAGAGGAAAAAGGCUCCGGUGGCAGUGAAGAUUUUGCAUCCUGGGAUUGAAAAUAUAUUGAAGCGGGAUUUGGCGAUUUUACGCUUUUUCUCGGAGUGUUUGAGCUUCGCUGUGCCCUCGUUGCGUUGGCUGAGCCUGCCGGAGUGCGUCGCUCAGUUUUCCAACAUUAUGAAAAACCAGAUUGACAUGAAACUGGAGGCGAGAAACCUCGUGAAAUUUUCUAAAAACUUCGCCGGUAACGUCCACGUCGUAUUUCCAUCCCCGAUCAUGGAUCUGACGCACAGGAGGAUUCUCGUUGAGAGUUUUCACGAGUGUUCGCCCAUAUCGGAGUACCUCGACUGCGAGGAUCGUAAUUUUCAACGGAAAUUAGCGAAAAUUGGAAUCGCAGCGAUCUUUCAAAUGAUAUUUAAGGAUAAUUUUGUUCACUGCGAUCUUCACCCAGGCAAUAUUUUAGUCGAAAAAUCUCAAGCCGCCUCGGAAGACCCAAAAUUUUCAAGCUUCCUCCGUCAAAUUUGGCCCGCGUAUUCCCCCGACAAAACCCGUUUGGUCUUCCUCGACUGUGGCUUAGUCGCUUCGCUCGACGAACGCGGCAAAAAAAAUCUUCGAGAUGUUUUUCGUUCGGUCGCCAGGGGAGACGGUGAAACGGCUGGGGAACACAUAAUAAAUUACAGUGGCAAAUCGUCCUCGGACGUGGAAGGAUUCAAGAAAGAGAUUGGAAGAAUAGUGAAGAAUCAUCUGCGAUCGCGUCUCAGCCUGAAGGAAGUAAUAAUUAAUGAAGUAAAAACGAGAUCAAAAGUUGAAUGGAUGAACGAGUGAUGAGCUAGAGGAAUUGGAACGAUUAUGAAAAAAAAAAAAAAAUCUUACCGAACAGUUUAUUAGACGAAACGCUGUUUUUUCGUCUGGCCCAUUAUUGAUUCAAUAUCGAGAAAAGAAACGGGAUAUAUUCGAAUUCGAUGAAAUAAUAUGAAGUAGUUAAAUGAUCGCACGAGCGUGAUGAGAAAUGUGGGCAAAUGUGAUAAAAUAUUCAUUAUUGACGUCUACAAAGGUGUGCACGAUUCAAUCAAUUAGAGAACCGACGAAGAGAAUUUAAAAAACACCAAUUCGAUGAGACAAGUGUCUCUUGGCUGAGUAUAGAAUAAUCCAACAAAUAGAUAAAGUUUCGUUACAAAAAUGAUGGUAGAAUGGCUCGGCCAAGAUUAAGAGUAAUUGACGAAAAAAAAAUGAAAAAAAAAAAAAAAAUAAAGAAAAAGAAGAGGGAAAGAAAUAUACAGACAUAC